GAAGAAAGGCGAGAGAGAGAGAGAGAGAGAGAGAGAGAGAGAGAGAGAGAGAGAGAGAGAGGAGAGAGAAGGCGCGUUUGUUCUUGUUCCUUCUUCUCCCUUUUCUUCCGGCCCCUCAAUUAUUACAGAACCCCCCUCCCCCAUUUCUCAGUAAUUUCGGGCCGAAGCACAAUCGCCCUUCUCAACUUCUUCUGCUCGAUUCUCCAGCCAUACACUUCACUGAUUACUUCAAACGACGGCCAUGGUGUCCGCGAACAGAGAGAUGGUGGUGUACUGUUUCGAUACCCUUCUCGCUCACUACAACGGCGAGGACGCCCCUCCCCCGGCUUUCGACGGCGGUCAACACCCUUUGUUCGUUACCUGGAAAAAAGUGGUCAAUGGUGGUGAACCGCGAUUGCGUGGAUGCAUAGGAACUCUAGAAGCUCGCUGCUUGAUAAAUGGCUUCAAGGACUAUGCUUUAAAUAGUGCAUUGAGGGACCGCAGGUUCCCCCCUAUACAGCCUAAAGAAUUACCAUUUCUGGAAUGCACAGUUUCCAUUCUAGUUGAUUAUGAAACAGCUAACAAUCAUCUUGAUUGGGAGGUAGGUAAACAUGGUAUUAUUAUUGAGUUUAAUGAUCCUGACUAUAAUGCAAGACGAAGCGCUACGUAUCUGCCUGAGGUCGCUGCCCAUGAAGGUUGGACCAAAAUCGAGGCCAUUGAUUCAUUGAUGCGGAAAGCAGGAUAUAACGGUGCAAUCACCGAGUCACUGCGGAAGCGCAUUAGACUGACCCGAUACCAAAGCACCCUAUUCACCAUGCACUACGGUGAGUAUGUCUCCUACGUUAAAACCACCCGGGGCAUGGUCCCCUGCGUCGUCGGGGCUAAAGCCUAACACAAUCAUUGAUUCUUCCAAACGGCUUUUGCUAAAACAACCUGCAAAGCCUAAGUUUGGGUACUGAACUAAAACAAAAUUGGAGGCCUGAAUGAUGUCUUUUGUCAAUGCCAUUCAACAAGGAAAAAAAAUAAAACUCAAAGAAUCCAGUAGUAAUGUGAAGUGGUUUGGGAACUAUCAUUCAAGCUCUGCAGCUUUCUCUGUGGUUGGCUGCUCUGUAAUACUUUCAUAUACUUCCUUAAUACUAUAACUAUCAUUGCUAUUUAUCUAUCUGCAAUUUAGCUACGUAUUCUUCUAUUGAGGUUCGAACUCGAACUCGAGACGGUUAUCUUGAUCGAAAUCGAAUUAUCACUUGUAUAGAUCUUACCAUUUUAUGCAUAUUGUUCCUUCUCAA